GCUUUCAAGGCCAAGCCCAUUAAUAAGUUCGUCUUCUACGUCGGCAACAGAAAUUGGAUUUUCUUUUUAAUCAUUCAAAAAAAAAAAAAACCCUGAUUCUGGAAAAUAAAAAAAAAUAAUACCCUAGUUGUUGUGAUCUAUCAAUCAAAGAUGCCAUGGGAACUUCAAGUGGGCCAAAACUCUCAGGAAUGCAGAAGCAAGUGCUUAGUCUCUACCGAGGGUUUCUGCGUGCUGCUCGUUUGAAAUCCCCUGAGGAUCGCCGCCAGAUUGAAUCCAUUGUAUCGGCUGAGUUCCGCCGCAAUUCCCAGCAAGUAGAUCGCAAGAAUUUCCUCUACAUCGAGUAUUUGCUUCGUCGGGGUAAGAAACAGCUUGAUCAGCUCAAGAGUCCUGAUACUGUUGGAAUGUCGUCUCUAUAUCUCAAUUUGCAUCAACCAACAAAUCAUAAGCCUUGAAUUUUUCAAUUUGGGGUUAGUUUUUGCUAACUUCUUGGUGAUUCUUUGUGGGAAUUAAACUAAUUGUAAUCUGCUGAUUAUUCAAAAAUUGAGACACUUUUGCCCAUUGCCUCCAUUAAUUCUUGAAAGGUGGCUGGCUUGGAAGUUCGAACUCAGAAACCCAUUUUGAAUGUGUGGGACUGAAAUUUUUGUAAUUUCAAGCCAAAUCAAAUCCAUGAAAUUAAACUAAUUGUAAUCUCCUGGUUAUUCAAGAAUUGGGACGCGUUUGCUUAUUGCCUC